AUCAGGAUGAAAAGAUGGCAGCCAUGCUGUUACCAACGGGUCCUGAUGGCUUGCGGCGGUUCACUCGCGAAUCCUUGGCUGCGCUGGAGCAGCGGAUUGCGGAGGAGCAGGCCAAGAACCAGGCCAAGGAUAGCCAUGAUUCUCACAGGAACGCUGAGCCACCUAAACCCAGGCCCGACCUGGAGGCAGGCAAGCAGCUGCCGCGCAUCUUUGGUGAGAUCCCUCCAGAACUUAUCGGGAUGCCACUGGAGGACAUUGAUCCAUUUUACUACAGGAACCAGAGGACUUUUAUAGUACUUAACAAAGGGAAGGUCAUCUUCAGAUUCAGUGCCACAUCUGCACUAUACAUAUUUAGUCCAUUUGACUUCAUCAGAUCAAUCGCCAUAAAAGUUUUAGUCCAUUCAUUGUUCAGCCUGUUCAUAAUGUGCACUAUACUGACCAACUGUUUCUUCAUGGCCAUGUCGGAUCCGGCACCAUGGACCAAGUACCUGGAGUAUACUUUCACUGCCAUUUACACUUUCGAGUCGGCGAUAAAGAUAUUUGCGAGAGGAUUCUGUAUAGUGCCGUUCACCUUCUUGAGGGAUCCAUGGAACUGGCUGGACUUCUCUGUCAUUGUUAUGGCAUAUGUGACAGAAUUUGUAGACCUCGGAAACGUCUCAGCAUUAAGAACCUUCAGAGUACUACGAGCACUGAAAACCAUCUCAGUUAUACCAGGUCUGAAGACCAUUGUCGGUGCUUUGAUCCAGUCUGUGAGGAAGCUGGCAGACGUGAUGAUCCUGACCGUCUUCUGCCUCAGCGUGUUUGCCCUCAUCGGCCUGCAGCUUUUCAUGGGGCUGCUGCGACAAAAGUGUGUCCGCAGCCUCACGCACUGCAUCAACUCCUCCUACAGCUCCAACGCAUCCUUCAUCUGCAACAAUAGAACCUGGAGCACCAGGGCCGACUUCCUCAGCAAUGAAGAUAAUUUUUACAAAGUUGAAGGAGCAAAGGAUGCCUUAAUAUGUGGAUAUGGAAGUGAUGCGGGGAAGUGUCCAGAUGGAUUUGACUGCCUAAAAGUAGGGAGGAAUCCAAACUAUGGAUACACCAGUUUUGAUACCUUCGGAUGGGCUUUUCUGGCCCUCUUCAGACUCAUGACACAAGACUACUGGGAAAAGCUGUUUCAACAGACGCUGCGCUCAGCAGGGAAGACCUACAUGGUUUUCUUCGUGCUGGUAAUCUUCCUGGGCUCCUUCUACCUGGUUAACCUCAUCCUGGCUGUAGUGGCCAUGGCCUAUGAGGAGCAGAAUCAGGCGACCAUCGCUGAGGCCUGGCAGAAGGAGAGGGAGUUUCAGCUGGCUAUGGAGCACCUUCGCAGAGAGCAACGAUUGGCAACAAAAAGACAAGCGCAGGAUACAGACUCAGUGUUGUCCCCAGAGUUGUCUCCAUUUUGUCUGAAGACGGGCAGCAUACGUCGAAGCAGCAGCAGAAGAAGAAGAUCGCACCGGAUGUUGUCAGAGGAAACAGAAGAGGAAGCUGCUGAAGAGAAUUUGGAACCACUGGACAAUGAGCCAAUGCCUCCUCUGUCUCCCUUUCCAGCCCACCCUCUGCUGGCCACGCUCUCCGCUCACCCCCUCAGCACCAGGAGAGGAAGCCAGAUCAGCAUCUUCAGCUCUUUCCGGGUGCGCAACAACUCGGAGGCUGACUUCGGGGAUGAUGAGUACAGCGUUCAUGGGGAUGUCUUCAGGAGUCGCACCAACUCAACAGCAACACCCUGGAAGAGAAGGACGGGCAGUGUGCGGAGCCACUGCUCCCAGAUCUUCACCCCCAGCCUCAACGUCAAUGGCCGGCUCAACAUCUCCCUGGACCAGAACGGAGUCACCACUCUGGGCCUACAUACUCCCACCUCCAUGCCUGCCCACAGCAUGGAGAGAGUCAGGGAAGACACAAAACCCACCAGUGCAGAGGACACAGUUCCCAGAACUCUCCUCCAGCCUUCCCCGACAGCAACCGAGCCUCCUCCGGUACAGAGGAAAAGAGGGCUGAGUUCUGUCAGCUUCCUCAGCGAUGCCAUGGAUGAGUUGGAGGAGUCGAGACAGAAGUGCCAUCCCUGCUGGUACACAUUCGCCAAGAAGUACCUGAUAUGGGACUCUUGCCCCUGGUGGCUGCAGAUUAAGGAGUGGGUGAAGUGCAUGGUGAUGGAUCCUUUCCUGGAUCUGGGUAUCACCAUAUGCAUUGUGCUGAACACCCUCUUCAUGGCCCUGGAGCACUACCCCAUGACUGAUGAGUUCAACACGAUGCUUUCAGUGGGCAAUCUGGUUUUCAGUGGGAUCUUUACAGCUGAAAUGGUGCUUAAGCUGAUUGCCAUGGAUCCCUACUACUACUUCCAACAGGGAUGGAAUAUCUUUGACGGCGUCAUUGUUUGCCUCAGUCUGAUGGAGUUGGGUCUCUCCAAUGUAGAGGGGCUGUCUGUCCUGAGAUCUUUUAGACUGUUACGAGUCUUCAAGCUGGCAAAAUCCUGGCCCACUCUCAACACUCUCAUCAAGAUCAUCGGCAACUCUGUGGGCGCCCUGGGAAACCUGACGCUGGUGUUGGCCAUCAUUGUCUUUAUAUUUGCUGUGGUGGGCAUGCAGCUGUUUGGCAAGAACUACCAGGACUGCGUGUGUAAGAUCUCCAUGGACUGUCAGCUGCCUCGCUGGCACAUGAAGGACUUCUUCCACUCCUUCCUGAUUGUGUUCCGGGUGCUGUGUGGCGAAUGGAUCGAGACCAUGUGGGACUGUAUGGAAGUGGCCGGGCAGCCCCUCUGUAUCCUGGUGUUCAUGUUGGUUAUGGUCAUAGGGAACUUGGUGGUGUUGAAUCUUUUUCUGGCCCUGCUGCUCAGCUCCUUUAGCUCCGACAACCUCUCUGCUCCAGACGAAGAUGGCGAUUUGAACAACAUUCAGAUCGCCAUCGCCCGCAUCAAUACCGGUGUCUCCUGGCUCGUAACAAGUGUCACAGACCUCUUCAACCGCAGCUUGAAGCGUCAAAAUCAGAAGCCCAAAGAAUCCAGUCAGGCCCUUAAGCUGGAAGGAAAUCACAUGGAAAGCAAUGGGGGAAUAUUUGGGCGCUAUGGAGAGAAGUAUAUCAUACCAGAGGGGGACACCUACAUGACGAACCCAAACUUGACUGUCAUUGUUCCUAUCGCACCUGGAGAGUCAGAUGUGGAGUUUUUGGAAGAGGAGGAGAUUUCUGAGUCAUCAGAGGAUGAAGACAACAAAGCGGAGAUGGUCAGCCUAUCAGAGGGCAGCACGGUGGAUCUGAAGAAGCCUGGAGAUGAGAUGGAUGACUUAUCAGAGCUGGCUGAAGAGAGCAUGGAGCCGGAGGAAUGCUUCCCAGAAUUUUGCUCGAGGCACUGUCAGUGCUGUAACAUCGAUACCAGCCGCGGUCUGGCUCAGGCCUGGUGGAGACUGAGGAAGACCUGCUACCAGAUUGUGGAACACAGCUGGUUUGAGACUUUCAUCAUCUUCAUGAUCCUGCUCAGCAGUGGAGCUCUGGCAUUUGAAGAUAUCUACAUUGAGAAGAGAAAAGUUGUAAAGGUGGUGCUGGAGUCUGCCGACAAGGUAUUCUCCUACAUCUUUGUGCUGGAGAUGUUCCUCAAGUGGAUUGCAUACGGCUUCAAGAAGUAUUUCACCAACUACUGGUGCUGGCUCGACUUUCUUAUCGUGGAUGUGUCCUUGAUAAGCCUGGUUGCAAAUUCACUGGGAUAUUCUGACUUUGCUGCAAUCAAGUCCCUAAGGACCCUGCGGGCUUUGAGACCUCUCAGAGCUCUGUCCAGAUUUGAGGGCAUGCGGGUGGUUGUGAACGCUCUUAUAGGAGCUAUCCCCUCCAUUAUGAACGUGCUGCUCGUGUGUCUCAUCUUCUGGCUCAUCUUCAGCAUCAUGGGGGUCAACUUGUUCGCCGGCAAGUUUGGAAAGUGUGUGAACAGAACAGGCUUCAUCCACAAUGUCUCUGCAGUCAACAACAAGUCAGAGUGCCUCGGUAUGAAUGACACGCAGUUCUACUGGACUAAAGUGAAGGUCAACUUCGAUAACGUGGGACUUGGCUACCUUUCCCUUUUGCAAGUGGCUACAUUUAAAGGAUGGAUGGAAAUAAUGCAUGCAGCUGUUGAUUCAAGAGGAGUGGAAGAACAACCCAUCAGAGAAAUCAACCUCUACAUGUACCUGUACUUUGUCGUUUUCAUCAUAUUCGGCUCCUUCUUCACCCUGAAUCUCUUCAUCGGUGUAAUUAUUGACAAUUUCAAUCAGCAGAAAAGAAAGAUGAGUGGACAGGAUAUCUUCAUGACUGAAGAACAGAAGAAGUACUACAACGCUAUGAAGAAGUUAGGAUCUAAAAAGCCCCAAAAACCAAUACCAAGGCCUGCGAACAUUCUCCAAGCCUUCUUCUUCGAUCUCGUGUCCAAGCAAGCCUUUGACAUCAUGAUCAUGAUGCUCAUCAUUGUCAACAUGGUGACCAUGAUGGUGGAAACCGAUGAGCAGUCAGAGCGCAUGGAGUCCAUUCUCAACAAGAUUAACCUGGUCUUCAUUGUGAUCUUUACCACUGAAUGCCUGAUCAAGAUCAUUGCUCUCCGUUGUUAUUUCUUCACAGUUGCAUGGAACAUCUUUGAUUUUGUGGUUAUAAUUCUCUCGAUUAUAGGGAUUGUUCUUGCAGACAUCAUUGAGAAGUACUUUGUGUCUCCGACCCUGUUUCGAGUCAUCAGACUGGCAAGGAUAGGACGUGUACUUAGACUAAUACGUGCAGCCAAAGGAAUAAGGACUCUACUGUUUGCCUUAAUGAUGUCCAUGCCAGCACUGUUCAACAUUGGCCUCCUGCUUUUCCUCGUCAUGUUCAUCUAUGCUAUCUUCGGUAUGGCAAACUUUGCCUAUGUGAAAAAACAAGAUGGGGUUGACGACAUGUUUAACUUUGAGACCUUUGGGAAUAGUAUGAUCUGCCUUUUUCAGAUCAGCACCUCGGCCGGUUGGGACAACCUCCUGAGUCCUAUAAUGUCCAGCCCCCCAGAAGAGUGCGACAGUAACUUCGUCAAUACUGGCACUAACACCCGGGGAAACUGUGGCAGCCCCUCAGUCGGCAUAGCUUUCUUUGUCAGUUACAUAAUCAUUUCUUUCCUCAUUGUGGUAAAUAUGUAUAUAGCUAUCAUUCUGGAGAACUUCAGCGUUGCCACAGAGGAGAGUACAGAGCCACUGAGCGAGGAUGACUUUGAAAUGUUUUAUGAGGUUUGGGAGAAGUUUGAUUAUGAGGCCACACAGUUCAUUGAGUUUUCCAUGCUGUCAGUCUUUGCUGACACUUUGUCGGAGCCGCUGCGCAUAGCUAAGCCCAACAGGAUCAAGCUGAUCUCCAUGGACCUUCCCAUGGUCAGCGGCGAUAGGAUCCACUGCCUGGACAUCCUCUUUGCCUUCACAAAGCGUGUCCUGGGUGAGUCGGGUGAGAUGGAUGCCCUCAAGCAGCAAAUGGAGGAGAAGUUCAUGAUGACCAACCCAUCCAAGAUUUCCCACGAGCCCAUCACUUCCACACUGCGCCGCAAACUGGAGGAGGUGUCCGCAAUCAUCAUCCAGAGGUGUUACAGGAGGCACCUGGUGCGCCGGCAAAUGAAGCAGGCAUCCUACCUCUACAGACAGAUAAACUUUGAGACUGUUGUGGAUGUGGAGAAUGCUCCAGAAAGGGAGGGCCUGAUAGCCACCAUGAUACAGCACUAUAGACCUGUGGGGAUGGAGGUUGUACAGACAACAGAGGACACUCUAAUGUCCUCACCACCAUCGUAUGAAAGUGUGACCAGGGCAGUCAGUGACCUCUCUGAGGUCGUCAGAUCAAUAUCCAGAGACUCUGAACUUGGUGAGCCUGGUGAAAACUAUGAAGAAACUUUUCUUUGAGACUCGAUUGUGUGGAGAGUGUUUGUGUGGUUUUUGUCUGUUUUGUUUACAGAGAGAUGAACUUUUUUAUAUAUAUUAGCAGAUGCCGAGGAAAUAUGCAAUAUUUGAAGUAACUCACAGCCUCUGUUUAAAUUCACCAUCCAGAAGUCAGUUUUGUUACACAGACUCCAUGAGAAGAGGAGGACUCUGAAGUUUAACUUGUCCUCUUAAAAAUUAACAUCUGGCAGAUAGUUUAUAACAUCAAGAUAAAAAAAAAAUAUGUUUUUAUUAUACAAAUAAUAAACAUGGGCUAAGAUGUGUUACCUAUAUUCAAUCAAAGCACCACAUAAUCUGCAGUUCUUUUUCAAAUAUAUCAGUAAACACUUAAUAUCAAUAUUAAAUUCUUAUUUAGGAUUUUCACAAACUUGCAGUGCAAUAUCUGUUUAUAUUUUGACAUCAUACAACUGUACACAACAAACACUUGCAAAGUGACUGAAUGGUCUAAUUGGACCUAUGAUAUUUUGCCACUCCUAGAAAUGUUGAUUGUUGUUAGCUGAAUAGCUAGCUAGAAGGCUAGCAAAUUAGCUACAUUCUCAGAAAUUAUUUUACUACAGUUGACAUUCGUUUAAUUGUUGCAAAACCUCCUCAGGACUUGUACAGUGAAAUUUGUAUUAGCAAAAAUUACCAUAAGGACGAGAGAGACACUAAAGGGACAAAUAACAACACCUAAUUGAUCAAGACAACAGAAGGGGAUACCUGCUACAUGGUAGCCGGCAAAACAGAACAAAAGAAAUAAAGACAUUUAUAAAGUUCUCUAAAAUAAUUAUUGUCAUUGGCAAAAGUAACCAACAAAGUAAAGUAGCUGACAGAAAACAAAUUUAACAUCAGCAACAUUUCUCCCAGAAAACAAAAUUUGAGAGUUUAUAAUGUAUAUUACUGAUUUGUGUUUGUGACAGAAAAUUAUUUGUGAAAAAAUAUGUUUGGGAACAUGUUCUGCAGGUUUUUUACAUUUUCUGCAAAUACAAAUUCCUUUGUACACGUCCAGAUGUUUUAAUACUGAUACAAACUACACAUGUUAAAUGCUCAGAGGUUUUGGUUCACCAACAUAUUUUAACCAUAAAGCAACAGACCAGCAAACUAAAAGCAAAUUGAGAAUAUUGAACAUAUUGUGGAGUGAUUUUGCACUCAUGACUGUAGCUGCAAUGAAGCUAUUUAACAGGUGUUACAAAAAUUAUUUUAACCAAAGCUAACACUUGCUCAUAAAAUGUUCCUUUUUAAAUUUUAACAUUUUACAUUUUAAGACAAAAUAUAUUAAACUAAUUUUAAGCCAAAAGCAUGCAUUAAUAACAUUUAUCUAAUGUUUGGGAUUUAUUUAUUUAUUUAUGAGUUGUGUGUUCAAUAAAAUUGUUCCCUCAUAUGCACUUUUAUUAAAUGCAGUUACUUUAUACUGUAUGCAAUGGUAAAAAUAUGGCCCUUGUUUAAAAAAGCAUCCAGUGUUCUCAGGUUGUGACACAAAGUCAUAAAGAAAAGCACAAUUUCUUAUAAUCUUAUUCAGUAUAUACUAAUAUUAACAUGAACAAAUGUGUUUCUUAUGUGAAAAACAAACUAAUUUCUAAUUAUUAGCACAUAACAAGUUUAACUUAUAUUGAUUACAAAGAAGAGCUGUGUGUCCUAAUAAUCCCUGAAUUAUGUGCCUGAUUUUCACUGUUGUCCGCACACGUCUCUGAAUCUCUUUAGACCAUUUAAUUUGAUCUGAUGGAUGUGGAUUGGAAGAGCAUGAAUGCACUGAAAGCUCAUUUUGUAAUUAACUGUGUAAAGAACUUUGAGGCUGUGUAAAGUAUGUAAAGCUCAUUUUUACCUAUUUUUUGUAAUGUAUUUAUAUUGAAAGACCAUUUCAGUGACUCUUAUGACGGCCAUAACAAGAUACGAUCAAAUUAUAUAAAUAUACUGUGUUCAUUUUUAUAUAAAAGACUUUCCUUGAGAACUUGACUGUCUGUAUUGCAUUUAGGUUGAUCAUUUCAUGGAUUGUUUUAUGAAAUGGUAAUAAAACUCCGUUCCAUAUUUUUUGAUUUUCCAACUCUCAGUACAGUUCAAAUAGUUGGAUGAAACAUGUUUUUUUUAACACGUUGCCAUUUACUUAUUUUAACAUUUACAGAUAUGGAUUUAAAUAUAUACCUUGCUGUACUAAAAGUAAAAUUCUAAAUAGUGUGUUUCCAUCUUCACAUGUAGAACCAGUUAGCUGUUUUGACCUCAUUACAAGGCAGGGUGCAGUUAAAUCUCUCCAUGUGAGUCCAUGUGUGUAAAAAAAAAACAGGACAGAUGUGCAAACCUCUGCAUCUCCACGGCUGUCUGUCUCUGUGAGUGUAUUGCCCUUUAAAGCUUGAAUUUGUUUAUAAUGCCUCCACAAAUGCAGUACAAUCACAUAAAACCCCUCAACAAUGUAGCCGAAAUGGU